GUUGUCUCAAUUCAUACACUGGGAAGAAACAGGCAUAGCAACCUCAUUUUUACCUGACCGUUCUUCAGGGUGUUCACUGAGGGGCUGUAAAUUGAUGCCAUCUAACACCACUAUGCUUCAACUGCAAACCUCAGAGGAAGUUCAUGAGCAACGUCUAAAUAAGCUUUAGCAGAAAUGAUCUGUGCAAUAUAAAAUUGAAUUUAGAAAGGUGGAUCCAAGAGUGAUUCAGAUGCUGAGGGCACUGGCCCUGCUGAUACACUGGAAAUCCAGCCUGUCUCGUGGUUGAAACUUGUUUACGUGAAGAGUGUGUCAACCAAAAGACUUAAGCACAGUCCUGGAAAAUCUUCCAGGCUGAUAGUUAACUUGUUCUGGGAGAUGUGUGAAUCUGUUCUGUGCCGUGUUUCUACACAGGGAAUUGUCUUGUGCUGCCCUACUUUCUGCUUAGGUGAGUAAACAAACUCUUAAGCCGCUGAAUAAAGGAGACAAGGUAUUGUCACCAGUUUGGGAACUAGUUCGCCAGUGUAUUUUUCUAGCUAAGACUGGUGAAUUUGACCUUGAUGCAGCAUUUCUGGAAUGGCAGCAAUUUGGUAAUUUUGGUAAAUUUACCAUGAAAACAAAAGACAGAACAAACCCACCGGUUUCUUGCUACAGCACUUACAGAACAAGACUGAUAUUUUAUUUUCUGAAGAUUUCUGUAGACAUUUAAAGAGAUCCAUAAAUAAAUAAACCACAAGUCGUUAGCCAGCUUAUCUGGAAGGGAGAUGGAUGAUCUCCUUGCAGACGUUUCUAGUGAAACACUUAAUGCUGAAUGUGAUAUAACCUGUAUCAGGAAGUCCUUUCUGACCCUGGCCAAGCAAGCAGUUUGGCUCUUUACUAUAACGUGUUUAUCACUUUAUUCUAAACUCUUCUGAGGUCCAGACACUGUCGUCUUGAUUGUGUACAUUGUCAUGAAAAAAAGCCCUGCUUACAAUCCUAUUUUCCUCAUUCCUGAAACCUCCUAACCUGGUUGACUUGUUGGAGUGCAUUUCAUGCAUUCUUAGUAGAUAGGCUGAGGGAAACGCCUAGUUCAGUCACAGCUAGAGGCUAGAAAGCAUGUAGGGAGUUCAUGAACGUUGCUUGUCUCCUCCUGCAGUCGCUGCUUGUGUAUAUAGCUGUACAGGGGAAGGAUCGCAAGCUGCUGGACACAGUAUGACCAUCCUGCAAGGAGAUCUUACCGGUGUGCCAGAGCUCGUGACAGUGAGUUAAGCAGUUUGUGGCGGGCAGGCUGGAAGGAGUUCUGCCUUUUUCCAGACUUCCUACCAGAAGAUAAAAGAGUGAGAUGUUCAGGUGAAGCAAACAACUACUCACAUAAAUCUUUUCUUUGUGGAGGUGUGUGCUGACAAGUCAUCAAGGAGCUGCUCAUUAUUGAAAAUGGAGGAAACAAGGAAGCUCUCUCCAAAGCCAUGUAAAAGCAAAGAACCCGUGAAAACAGAAUGGGGGUCUCAGAGUGUCGUGUUUACAUAUUUCCAAGGGGAUAUUAACAGCGUGGUGGAUGAACAUUUUUCUAGAGCUCUAAGUGGUGCCAAGAACCCACAAGACCUGAGCAUGAAGCACAAGGGCGAGACUGUUGUCCUGAAGAACGUAGAUAGCAUGUCUCCCCAUCAAUGGAAUUUCUCUUCACAUUGCUCCAAACCAUAUCCUUCAACUUCUGCUACAAGCAUGUCAAACUCUGGUCUGAAUUUUUCUGCUGCUGGUAUGGCAGGCCAGUACCAGCCAUCAGCUCUGCGGAGUCAUCCAACUCAACCUGCAGAUCUGUGGCCCUUCCCUUCCAUCGGUACUCCCGCUCUUACCAGUUCGGUGUAUCAUCAUGCCUUGCCUGACCUGCACGUGGUAGAUGAACCGAUCUCUGACAGGAAAUACGGUUCUCUUCUUGGUCUUCUGCAACAGGAAAGAUGCCUAACAUCCAUGCAAGAAUGUACCAUGAAGCAACACUCAAGUCCUGCUUGUAUGACUGGACCUACUGGAUUACAAAAUAUAAGUCAAAGUUCAGUUCCUGGGGGAGACAGGAAAGCAAGCUCUUACCAGGGCUCAGAAAAUCCCAGUGCAAGCCAUACCACUGCAGGUAUUCAGAUUCAUGACAGAAGACGGGAUUUGUACUUCUAGCAACAGGACAUUUCUACCUUAUUCUGACAGAGAUAGUUCUUGCCAUGAACUUUUAUUAUUUGCAACUGUGAAUCAAGAAGAAAUGAACUGCAGCUACGCCAUGCUUCUUUCAGAUGGAAGAAUACACAUACUACUUACUAUUUUAGGAAUGAAAAAUCUUUCUUUAUUCAGUAAAUAAUUUCUGAUGGUUGUGGUAUUGAAGGUAUUGAACCUAACAGACUGUUGUGAAGAAAUGUUGUCUUCUUAAGGCUUUUUACACUUAACCCUCUCUGAAAGGACUUUCAGCACUUUUUAUUCAUUCUUGAUAAGAAGCACAAUUCUAUCUUGGAGGGAUGCAAUUAAUAUAAAUUCAUUGCUGCAACUUCUUAUCUUUAUUUGAUAUCUCCAUAUUGUUUAAAAUAGUAUUAGACUGUGGGCUCCCUUUGCAAGACUUCAAGACAACCACAGGCCAUCAGAGAAGUACAUUACUGCACUUCCCAAAAUAUAAAUAUGAUAAUUUGUGGCCAUGCAUGCAAUUCACGGGGACAUUCUUCAGAAACUAUAUAAUAAGCAUAUGCACAAAGGCUCUGUUUUGCCCUCAUAAUGUAUAAUUUUCUGGAAAACAAUAAUUUAACUCUAGAUCUGGAAAGAAAUGUAGAAAUCAUGGGAUGAGAUUAAAAUCCCACUUUGAGCAAAAAA